UCCUCCUCGAAAAAAGUUCCUUUGAGUUUGCUGCAUCGCCAUGAACUUCUGCCGGACUUAAGGAGCUUCCAGAGUGGCGUCGUAAACAACUGAUGGGUGAAAACCGAACCAGACUUAAAAUAGAAUCCUGCAGUGUGAAGAAGAUUUCCUAGACUCUCGUGGAUUUAGAGGGUGAGGCUGAUUUGGGGGAGGCAGACAGGUAGAAAUAGGGAGGCAGAUCAAAUUUAAAAAUAGCCUACCUUAGUCCUAGUUUUGCCCCCUGGACCACGAUGGGUUCAGACGUGCGUGACCUCACCUCCAUGCUGCCCCCCCUCUCGGGGGGCCCCAGCCCCGGCUGCCCGGCCCUGCCUGUCAGCACGGCCCCUCAGUGGGCUCCCGUCCUGGACUUCCACCCAGCAGCCUCCCCGUACUCCUCCCUGGCCGCCCCCCACUCCUCGCUGGGGCCGCACUCCUUCAUCAAGCAGGAGCCAAGCUGGGGGGCCACCACCGACCCCCACCUGCACGAGACGGAUCCUCACUGCGGCCUCAGCGCCUUCACCGUGCACUUCUCCGGGCAGUUCACGGGCACCGGGGCCUGCAGGUACGGGGCGUUCGGGGCCCCUCCAACGGCACCAGCCCCCCCCAGCCAACCUCCAUCUGUGACGGCCCCCCACCACCACCAGCCCCCCAGCAGGAUGUUCAGCAACUCCCCCUACUUGACCAACUGCAUGGACACACAGCAGGCGGCCCGCAGCCAGACAGGUUACAGCGCGGUUGCAUUCGAUGGAGCCGGUAAUUACGGCCACACUCCUACACACCACAGCUCGCAGUUCUCCAACCACUCCUUCAAACAUGAAGAUGCUCUAACACAGCAAAGCACUAUGGCUCCAUGGCCCUCACCUAGGGAGUGUCUUGUCCCUUAUCCUGACGUCUCGGCAGUGACCUCGUCUGUCGGAGCUGAGCAGCAGUAUCCUGUUCCUCCUCCUGUGUAUGGAUGCCACGCACCUUCAGACAGCUGUACAGGCAGCCAGGCUCUGCUGUUGAGGAACCCAUACAACAGCCAUGCAGCAGGCUAUGACAGUGAACCCAACACCCCCAUGUUGUACAGCUGCAGCACCCAGUACCGCAUACACACACAUGGAGUGUUCAGGGGCUUACAGGAUGUGCGGCGGGUGCCUAGCAUUGCUCCAGCCAUCGUGCGGUCAGAGAGCAGCGAGAAGCGUCCCUUCAUGUGCGCCUACCCAGGAUGCAACAAACGAUACUUCAAGCUGUCUCACCUGCAGAUGCACAGUCGCAAACACACAGGGGAGAAGCCCUACCCAUGUGACUUCACAGACUGUGGGCGGAGGUUUUCUCGCUCCGAUCAGCUGAAGAGACACCAGAGGAGACACACAGGAGUUAAACCGUUCCAAUGCGAGACGUGUCAGAGAAAGUUCUCUCGGUCUGACCACCUUAAGACACACACCCGGACUCAUACAGGUAAAACAAGCGAGAAGCCGUUUAACUGUCGGUGGCCCAACUGUCAGAAGAAGUUCGCCCGGAGUGAUGAGUUGGUGCGACACCACAACAUGCACCAGAGGAACCUCACCAAGCUGCAGCUGGCCAUCUGAAGCCUCCGUCAGCCCGUAUCACAUUUGAAAUGUAAACAUGUUGGUUACAUCUGCUUAUAUUUUCUGUCUAUGGUUAAUCCAAACCUGGUGACCCCAUUUGCACCCGAGAAACUAGCCCACUGCGAGCUGGAACCAGAGGAGUCCUAAUGGGUCUCUUGAAAAAGUGAAUAGUUUUACACCAUUAGGACUUGUGGAACUAGAUACCACAGUAUACACUCUGAGUGGAAAGUCUUAACAUGUAAACAAUAUCUGGAUAUGAAAUCUAAAUACAUGCAGCGCUUAGAAUAAAAAAAAUAAAGCUGAAUAUAUUCCAUAUUUUUAUUAUAGCCGACAAAUCCCAUUAAAAGACCAAGACCAGUAAUACUUUAGAUCGUGUUUAGACGACAUUAAUACAUUAAAUGGCACCACUUUGUUGAUAGAGUGGGUUGCCAAAGAAGAGGUCAAAUCAGUUGUAAGAUUAUUUAUUAUAGUAUUCAAGUCGCAUUGCUUUUUGUUUUUUUAACAGCGCUGUUUUUGCUGAAUUUGUUCCUACUGAAGAUGUAAAUCUUACAAAAGGGGUAAAAAAUAACUAUAUGUAAUAUAUUUUUAUAUUUAAUAAGGCUAAUCUUGAAUCUUACUCAAACAGAUGUAAAUAUUGCAUUGGAACUACUUUCAGCUGCAGGUAAACUGCAUAACGUACAUUUGGCUUAAAAUAAAUGACAUGUCUAUGGCCAUGUUCAUUGUGGAAUAUUUGUUGUUGUUCUUAAUAUUUCAGAACAACAGUUCAAGUCUUUGACAUCAUUUUUAUUAAAGAUCCCUAUUGUGAUUGUUGUGUUGUUCCCUUCACUGUAGUGUGUUAUUUAGGUUUCUGUGCAUGUGAAUGGUCAGAAAGUUUCUCUCCCACUCACUCCGCCCGAGGACUGGGACGUUUCCGACACCUCUCUAAUCGACUGACCAAUCACAAUAGAUCCCACCAGCUAACCAAUCAGAGCAGACUGGGCUCUGGUUUCAGACAGAGGGUGAAAAGAGGUGCUGCAGCACAGGCAGCAUGAGAACAAUAAAGAGCUUUUGGAACAUUAAAGCAUGGAGACAUGUCACAGUACAAUACAAAUAUGAACCUGGAAAUUAGCAUUAUAUGUCCUAUUUAAUAGGAUUCAUCCAUUUUUGGUUUUGGUCUUUUCAUGGGAUUUAAUAAUUAAUAACAUCCAGAAUAUCCCCUCACUUAUCCUAUGAAGAAAUAUGUCCUCAUUCUGAAUUAUAGCAUCAUAAAGUGAGUCAGCAAAUAUGAAAAGAGUGUCGUUUUUCUGUUUACCAGUCUCCACAGGCAAAACAUGCAUUUCUUUUACGGAGGAUUCCAUAUCCAAGUGUUGGUAUCUUUGCACUUCAAGACUAUCUAAUCUCAAGCAGAAAUGUUUCAAUCUAAUCAAUCGUUUUAUUUCAUUCAUCCGUUGUUAUUUCUUGGCAACUUCUACCACCAUGUGUACAGUGAGGUCAAAGGUCAGCUACAUAUACGCCCCUGUAGCUUAGCAUCUUUUAGCUGUAAAUAUUUCUUAUGUUAAUCUGGGAAGGCUUAUUUAUUAUCUUCAUGUGGACAAAAUAGCUUUCACUCGAAUAAAGUAGUGAGAUGUUUUUUUUUCAAGUAGUGAGGUGUUUUUUUAUGCCUUUAAUUAUAGUUUUUUUUGUCAUAAAAGAUAUUGCUGGGUUUGAUUUAAAGAAAUACAAAUAAGUGAAUGAUUUGCACUCUGAGAAAUGUUUGCAAAGUAGGCUUCUGGUGUCUGGUUAGGAUAGAAUACGCAUUGCAAACACAAAUAUGCCAUGAGGCUGUUUUUAAAAAGCUUUUUUAUUUUUUUGAGUAAUGAUUUAAUUAGUAAUUAGAUUUGUCUUUCUUCUCAAGCUCUUGCUUGUCUCUGUGGUGUGUAAAUAUUGCUGGACUUCUAAAAUAUGUCUGUUUUGUCACACUGGCUCUGUGGCCGGGAAGAUGUAAAUAAUACUUCUACACCAUGGGAACUGAACUCUUUCCAUGGGGGGAUAAAUAUGUAACUUAACUGAUAUAUUUUACACUUUUCUUUGGAUGGAUCCAGGAAGUGUUUAUACUUCAUUUCUCCUUCUUUCAUGUGUCUUUGAGUCAUAAAAAAGCAAAUGUCAGUGAAGCACUUUGUACUCAAAAGUGUGAAAACAACUGUUUUUUCUCUGUUUAAAUGUAAUGUGACUGUUUUAAUAUAGUUUCCCUCUGUGGUCUUUAUUUAUACAUUUGAAAGUUUCUUUAUGGUUUAAUAGUAAGCACAAUGUAUUUACUAGUUAGUUUCAUAGUAUAAUCGUCAAGUCUGCAGUAUAAAAAUGUCAACUCCCCCUCACACACAACGUUUUUUAAAUCCAUCCUUAUGAGGGAUCACAUUUUGUUGUGGAAUGUGCCACUACCUUGAAGUUACAACAUGUGGUACAAAAAAAGAUGUGGCAAAGACUAAUCCAAACCUACAUCAGCUGACCUUGACCAAGGUCUCGUACCAUAACAAACACGAGAAUCUUUUCUUUUUUUCCUGCAGGAUAUCCUGUCUUGUUUGUGACUAAAACGACACUUUUCUAUUAAAAAACAGAAUCAAAAAAA